AUGUCCGAGAAAAGCCCAUCUGUUGCCGUUCUAGGGUUAGGGGCCCUUGGCCUGGUGGCCAUGAAGAACAUGCUUGAGGAGGGGUUUAAUGUCACCGGCUUUGACAGAAACCCAUACGUUGGCGGCCUCUGGCACUACAACGAGGGCUCUACCAUCUCAGUACUCCAAAGUACUGUCUCCAAUGGAUCAAAGCACAGGGGCUGUUUCACAGACUUUCCAUUUCCAGACGAAACUCCUGAUUUCCCUCACGCAACAGAUAUGGCCAAGUACUUGGUUGCGUACGCCGAGCAUUUUGGACUUAUGCCACAUGCACGCCUUAGCACCAAUAUCCACCGUGCAGAGUUCUCGGAAAAGACCAACAAAUGGGAGGUGGAAAUCUCACCAGUCGCUGGUGGACCCCGCGUAGUCGAAAAGUUCGAUAAAGUGAUCUAUGCCAUGGGACCAGACCAAGUUCCCAAUAUCCCUAAGGUCCCAGGAAUCGCGAAAUUUAAAGGGAACAUUACCCACUCGAUUGGAUUCAAAGAACCACAGGAUUGGACUGGAAAGAGAGUCUUGGUAGUUGGAUUUGGGAAUACAGCAGCGGACAUUGCGGGAGUCCUGGUGGGCGUUGCCAAGCACGUCUACCUAUCGCACCGCGGCGGCGCCAUUGUGCUCCCUCGAUGGGUGGACGGGAAGCCGGUUGACCAUGUCCGGACGUACCGAAAAGGGUUUCUGUUAGGCUUGCUCUCACGGUACGCCCCGGGUCUCUGGAAGACGACCGUGGACAGAGUCAUUCUAGGGCUACGCAACCGGCUCUACGACUUGAAGCCUGAAUGGCGGCUUGACCCGGCACCAUCAUUCAAUCAGCAGCGGCCAAUAGUUAGCGACAACCUGGUGAAUAAUCUUUCGAAUGGACGCAUUACUUCUGUGUAUCCAAUUGAGGAAGUCCUUGACGAUACGACCGUCGAAUUUAGUGACGGCACCAAGGUAGAAGUCGAUGCCAUCAUCUGGUGUACUGGAUAUACCAUCGAUUACUCCAUGCUUGGCAAAGCCAACCCUACCCUCUACCAUGAACCGGAGGGAAUCCCAGUUGCCAAUGGUCGAAAGAUGCCCCGUCUCUACCAAAAUGUCAUUUCCCUUGAGCAUCCCGAGUCCCUCGCCUUCAUGGGCAACCUGUCAUUCAUGAAUCCGGCCUUCCUGAUGUUUGACAUUGCUAGCAUGGCUCUCGCCCAGGUAUGGAAAGGAAGGUCACCUCUACCCUCGAAGGCGGAAAUGAGGCGCUCAGUAGACGAGCAGCACAAAUGGAUUGCAAGACUUGCCAGCAAUGGCCCGGUGACGCCUGGCCUGGUCAGCGGAGUUGACUGGCUGGAGUGGGUCGACCAGGCGGCCGGUUUGGGGCUGCAAGAAAACCUCGGCUACGGCAUGAAGGGCUGGUAUUUCUGGCUUACCGAUCAUGAGCUCUGCAACAUGGUUAUGGAUGGUCUGCUGCUGCCGUUUCAUUAUCGACUGUUCGACGCCGGCAAACGGAAGCCAUGGAAGGAGGCUCGCGAAUCGAUCAUCAAGGUCAAUCGGCAGCUGAGGGAGAAAAAUUGGUACCCGUAG